CACACCUAUCCUGUCAAUCACAAUGUGUGCUUGAAAGCUGGUGAAGUUCAGACUCUUUUGAUUUUCAUAUCAGGACUUUAAUGUGCGCCACAAAGGUAUCAGGAUUAUUUUGCAUCAACUUCUAUAGUCAAAAUGUCCGCUGAUAUGUUAAUGAUGAGGGGAAUCAAUAAGAUUAGAAAAUUGACACUUGGAGGAUGUCUAAGAGGAGUCGCUUUUAACACAUCUCACCUGACCGAACAACAUGACUGUGACAGAUGUCAUCAUCAAAAUGCCUCCAGAUUUAUUGGCAUCAUGGAGUCUCGCUGUCACAAUGGAAGAGCGCCAGGCACUGUUAACAUCCUGAAGGACAAUGGAGAAGUCAACAUUUAUAGUCCUAGAUGUUUAUGGAGAUCUAGACACGGGCUAUUCAGAGAGCACCGUCCAGGACAACAGAUCUGUUUAUUUCAUCAAGACCAUCGUUAUUAUAAUGAUCUGAAAAGAGAAGGGGUUGAUUCAGCCAAAGACACCAAACAGCCUGACACCAAGAAACAUAAGCAAACGUUAAGUGAGAGUGCCAGAGAGCGGAAGGUGCCGGUAACAAGACUGGGAAGGUUAGCGAACUUCGGAGGCUUGGCCGUUGGUCUGGGCAUUGGAGCCAUUGCUGAAGUAGCGAAGAAGAGUCUUAAAUACGAUGAUCAAACAGGACAGAAAAAAGCAAUAUUAGAUUCAAACCCGUUCAUAUCGGAAGCCAAUGCUGAGCGAAUCGUUCGGACCUGUAAAGUACGAGGUGCGGCUCUGAAGCUCGGUCAAAUGCUCAGCAUCCAGGAUGAUGCAUUCAUCAACCCUCAGCUUGCAAAAAUCUUUGACCGGGUUCGACAGAGCGCCGACUUCAUGCCCACCAAGCAAAUGAUGAAAACCGUAGUCACUGAUCUGGGGCCAAACUGGCAGGAUAAACUGGAAUACUUUGAGGAACGUCCAUUUGCGGCAGCUUCCAUAGGUCAGGUGCACCUGGCUCGGAUGAAGGACGGGAGAGAGGUGGCUAUGAAGAUUCAGUAUCCAGGAGUGGCCAAGAGCAUAAACAGCGAUGUAAACAACUUAAUGACAGUUCUCAGUUUAAGCAAUGCUUUACCUGAAGGUUUGUUUCCUGAGCAUCUGAUCGAGGUUAUGAGCAGGGAAUUGGCUUUGGAAUGUGAUUAUGUACGAGAAGCCAAAUGCGCAAAGAAAUUCCAGGAGUUACUGAAGGGUCACCCGUAUUUCUAUGUGCCAAAUGUUGUGGAUGAGUUAAGUGGGCAACACGUCCUCACCACAGAGCUCGUGACGGGUUUCCCUUUGGAUAAAGCCAAUGACCUGACUCAGGAACUGAAGGAUGAGAUCUGUGAGCAGAUAUUAAUCUUGUGCUUGCGUGAGCUCUUUGAGUUUCGAUACAUGCAGACGGAUCCAAACUGGUCCAAUUUCUUCUUCGACCCACAGACACACAAGGUUGCACUGUUAGAUUUUGGAGCCACCAGAGGUUUCGAUGCAAGUUUCACAGAUGCCUAUAUUGAGAUUAUCAAGGCCGCUGCAGAUCGCAAUAGAGAGGGAGUUUUACGACGAUCAAUUGAGAUGAAAUUUUUGACUGGAUAUGAGUCAAAGGCGAUGGAGAACGCCCAUGUGGAUGCGGUGAUGAUCCUCGGAGAGGCUUUCGCAUCAGAUGAGCCCUUCGACUUCGGUGCUCAAAGCACAACGGAGCGGAUCCACAGUUUAAUACCUGUGAUGUUGAAAGAGCGUCUGACUCCUCCACCCGAGGAAACUUACUCACUGCACCGCAAGAUGGGCGGCUCGUUCCUCAUCUGCUCCAGACUGAAGGCCAAAAUAAGCUGUAAGAACAUGUUUCAGGAGGCGUACGCUAAAUACUGGAAAGAUCGGCAUCAAGAAACUACUAAAUAAACCUCACAAACAUCUACUGGAAGUAUCAGAAAAAGCUUGAGAAGAACAUAUAUGAUGUUAAUAUGAUGCCUUUAACAGCAGAGGUCAGCAGAUGAAGGUCUUUGGAUGUGUGUGAAUUAUAUAUAUACUUGAAAAAUAUAUUUUUAAGAUUUAUCUGUCAACAAUAGGAUUAAUGUAAAGGUGUUAAAGGUGCAGUGUGUAAUUUUUAAAAUGAUCUCUUGACAGAAAUGCAAAAUAAUAUACAAAACUAUAUUAUCAGGGGUGUAUAAAGACCCCUUAUAAUGAACCCCUAUGUUUUUAUUACCUUAGAACGGGACCUUUUUAUCUACAAUACACUGAGGGUCCCCUUACAUGAAAGUCGCCAUUUUGUGCCACCAUUUUUCUACAAUUUUUUUCAAUAAGUUGUCUCCGACGAUUACAUGUUUGUCCGGUGCCGGCUACCGUAGCUUCUCUAUGUGUUUCAAAAGCGAGGGGUGAGCAAUGGAUUAAGCCGUUGGUUGCAAUUCACAACCUCACCACUAGAUGCCGCUAAAAUUGACACACUGCACUUUAAAAGUGUUAAUAGACAUUGUAUUCAGAAAAUGUAUUUAAUUUCAAAUUAAACAUUAAACAAAAAAAACUCAUUGUACACAAUCACUGAAAGACAAAUAUAUUUAUUUAUAUUUCAGGUCUUCUGA